AUGGGUGAUAACAUUCAGCAAGAGCCCAAGGGCAUUUCCCCCCAAGAGGACGAGUCUCGACCGGACUAUAUCAAUGAGGCUGUUUUCAGGAGAAACACCCUCCCUACUCGUUCAUAUCAUAUCCCUGAUACUUCCAUCUCACUGAACGGAAUUUGGGACUUUGCGCUUGCUGGCACAGCACUUGAAGCACCAGAGCCAAGCGCCAAGGACAUCGCUUUUGGCCAAAUUCAAGUCCCUGGUCAUUGGCAGCUACAGGGCCACGGAAAGCCUUGGUACACCAACGUGCAGUAUCCCAUUCCCGUCUGCCCGCCGUUUGUUCCCACCGAGAAUCCUACGGGAACCUAUCGUCGUGAAUUUCACGUUCCAGCUGGGUGGGAGGCAGACUCUCAGCUGAGAUUGCGCUUUGAUGGUGUUGACAGCGCGUAUCACAUUUGGGUCAACGGCACGCUCGUUGGGUACGCUCAAGGAUCCAGAAACCCUUCUGAAUUCGACGUUUCGGCGUUUGUCAACCGAAAGGGCGCGAAUGAGCUCUUUGUAAGAGUUUAUCAGUGGUCUGAUGCGACAUACAUCGAAGAUCAGGACCAAUGGUGGCUCUCUGGAAUCUUCCGCGACGUUUAUCUCAUCUCAUUCCCAGCUGCUCGAAUUGAGGAUUUCUUUGUCAAGCCAGACCUCGACGAAAAUUACGAGCAUGCUACACUAACUACUGUCGUUGAUAUAUCUUCCGACAAAUCUGCUGUUCUUGAGCUCACAAUCUCAGAGCUUGCCAAGAAUGGAGGUGCCAUGAUUGCUUCUGAAACGACCUCGGUGGACGCGAAGUCUGAGAAGGUCACUGUCAGUGCUUCCGUCAAAAGCCCCAAGAAGUGGACAGCAGAGACACCAUACCUCUACCUGGCAGAGCUGACGCUCAAGUCCGAAGACUCUAAGACUGUGCUUCACAAGGUUCAACAGCGGUUCGGUUUCAGAAAGGUUGAGCUCAAGGAUGGCCUUAUGAUGGUCAACGGAAAACGGAUCCGCCUCAGGGGAGUCAACCGCCACGAGCACCACCCGCUCCUCGGCCGCUCUGUGCCUCUGGAGUUUGCCAAGAGAGACCUCCUUAUCAUGAAGAAGCACAACAUCAACGCUCUUCGCUGUGCCCACCAACCUCACGACCCCAGAAUCCUCGAUCUUUGUGACGAAUAUGGUCUGUGGGUUAUGGCGGAAGCUGAUCUCGAAUGCCAUGGCUUCUACGAUGCUGUUGCCCGACCCCUUGACAUCCCCGAGUCUAUGGAUUACGGUGAGCGAAAGAAGCUCGCUUUCGGAAAGGCCGCUGAGUUCACCUCCAACAACCCUGCUUGGAAGGCUGCCUACCUCGACCGCAUCCAAGCUGUCCUCAAUCGUGACAAGAACCAUGCGAGUGUCAUUAUGUGGAGUUUUGGAAACGAGGCCUUUUAUGGAGAUAACCACAGGGCUAUGUUCAAGUAUGCUACCGAAGCCGAUCCUUCAAGACUAAUUCACUACGAGGGUGAUGAGAAGGCAGAGACAACACAUAUGUAUAGUUACAUGUAUCCUUCCAUCGAGACAUUGAUCAAGCACGCCAAGGAGGAAGGUGUGGUAGACGGCAAGUUCGAGAAGCCCAUCGUCCUCUGCGAAUACGGCCACGCCAUGGGUAACGGUCCAGGCUGGCUCGAGGACUAUGAGCAGGCUUUCCGCGACUACCCUCGUCUCCAGGGAGGCUUUAUCUGGGAGUGGGCCAACCACGGUCUGUGGAAGGAUGACCACGAAGGGGCAGGAUACUACGCCUAUGGUGGUGACUUCGGCGACACACCCAAUGACGGAACCUUUGUUAUGGAUGGUCUCCUGAACAGUGAGCAUCAGCCUACACCAGGUCUGACAGAGUUCAAGAAGGUUAUCCAACCUGUUGGCUUCUCCUUCGCGGAUGGGGAGUUGAAGAUUGAGAAUUAUCAUGACUUUACUGGUUUGGACCACUUGACUGCUUCUUUCAAGGUGGAACAGCUGGGAAGAGAGUCAACUCUGAUUCAUUCUGAGUCUUUUGAUGUCCCUGACAUCCCAGCUGGCGAGACUCGUUCUGUCUCUCUCCCUGUAGAUGCCAAGCGAUACAGCAAGGACAGCGAGGUUUACCUGACCGUUACUCUUUCACUCAAGCAGUCAACAGCUUGGGCUUCUGCAGGUCACGAAAUUGCCUGGUACCAACAACAGCUCCAAGCUCCUCAGAGCAAUGCUAAGGAGACACUCACCGCCAACAACACCCUAUCAUCUAAGCUCUCUGUUUCAGAGAAGCUCGCUGCUGUUACAGUGUCCGGAAAGAACUUCCAGUUCAAUUUCGACCGAGCCUACGGUUCUUUGAAGAGCUGGACGUUGAACAACGAGGUGAUCCUUGACACCGAUCCCAAGACCCAAGCAGCUAUCAUUCCGUCCUUCUGGCGACCCAAGACUGACAACGAUGUCCCCGGAGCAGUCCCUUACUGGGAGAGAUUUGGUGUACACCAACUGCAAUCGCAGCUUCGAUCGUUCUCGGUGGAUUCGUCCAACUCUGACAAGGUUGUCUUGAAAUCUCAUACCUUCAUUACCCCCCCUGUUCUCUUCUGGGGCUGGGACUGCGAGAUCACAUACACGGUCUAUCUUACUGGCGCACUAAGCGUGGAUGUUACUCGAUUGACCCCCACUGGUUCUUUCCCAGAGCACGUACCUAGGAUCGGACUUAACAUAUAUAGUACCAAGACCUUGGAGCGCGUCAAGUGGCUUGGCCGUGGUCCCGGUGAGAGUUACCCCGAUAAGAAGGACUCCCAGAGAAUAGGAAUCUGGGACGUCGAGACAAUUUCUGCUCUGCAGACACCUUACGAAGUGCCUCAAGAGAAUGGAAACAGAGAAGAUACCCGAUGGGUAGCGCUGCAAGAUUCAAAGUCCCCAAGUAUUGGACUGCGCGCAGCUCGUCUAGACGGAGCAAACUUCAGUUUCUUAGCGUCACAUCACAGGGAUUCUACCAUUAAUGACGCCAGACAUCCCCCUGACUUGAAGGAGGAUGAUGCUGUAUUCAUCAGACUUGAUGCCAAGGUUGCAGGUGUUGGAUCUGGUGCUUGUGGACCAGCUGUUCGCGAGGAUCUUAUGGUCAAGACGGAGGAAACGACUUUCGGCUUCCUGCUAGAGCCGCUAUGA